AUAUAAAAAAAGUAUAUAAAUAAAUAUAUACAGGAAUAAAUGAAAAUGCUUAUAAUUAUUCUUUGUUUAUUAUUCAUUUCUCUGUAUUGAAAUAUUUAUUCCCCCCCCCUCACAUAUUAGAUAUUUCUACAGAUGUUAUAUGGAUGCAUGCAUUUGGCGCUCCCGGGCCUCCGUACUUCUCUCCCCUCACAGUUGAUCUCUCCUCUCUGCCGGCGCUGCAGCUCUCAGAAUAUCUGGAAGCAUCCUGGCCGGCGAGGAGCCCCCCCCCCCCAACGGUGGGGAGGUAAAGACACCCGGGGUCCCACGGACUCUAAGCGCCGCCGUCAUGCAGCCGAGCAUCCAGACUGUGGAGCUGUCGGGGGUGCUGCUGUGCGGGGGGGCCUGGCUGUGCUCGCUGGCCACCACCCUGAUGUCCACCUGGCUGACUCUGUCCACCGAGCUGCUGCCCGGCGAGAGCUACGAGCUGGGGCUGUGGCAGAGCUGCGUGGUGCAGGAGCUGGGGGCGCUGGAGUGCCGGCCAUACGACGGGCUUCUGGGGCUGCCGCCGGACAUCAAGCUCGCCCGCGUCCUCAUGUGCACCGCGCUGGCCGCCGGCCUGCUCGCGCUGCUGCUCGCCAUCCCCGGCGUGCACACGGUGAACAGCUGCCACGAGGAGCCCCGCUGCAAGAGGGUGUUGAAGAUGGCAGGGGGUGCGCUGGCGCUGGUGGCCGGGGUCCUGGGGCUCAUCCCGGUGUCGUACAUCGCCCACCUCACCGUGCUGCGCUUCUUCGACGACUCGCUGCCGGAGGUGGUGCCUCGCUGGGAGUUCGGGGACGCUCUGUUCUGCGGCUGGACGGCGGGCGUGCUUCACCUGGUGGCGGGGACGCUGCUGCUCACUUCCUGUUUGUGUCUGCAAAGGGACACCGGCAACGCGCCUAUCCCCGUCCCCCUGGGGAGGGCGAGGGUCGGCCCCGCCAGGACCAGAACCGAGUACGUCUGAGACUCAAGUUUAAGUUGGUGAAAUGCACGCGAGAGUUUUAUGCUAUUUUGGGCUUUUUGUCUUCCGUACGACGCAGAACGUGUUCUUCAGACGAGAGGAACACGAGAACAUGAGAGUGUGUGUGUGUGUGUGUGUAGAUGUAAACUCUCCACAGCUACAUUACAUAACGCCUCAUGUACAUAUUAAACACUUGUAAUAUAAACGUGUGUUGAUGUGAGUCAUGAAGUGGGGAAGCUUCAUGAUCUCUGUUAAUUUAAUAGGGUUGGGGUUCACCUGGGUUAGGGUUAGGGUUCA